AGUGGCAAAAAAUCAAGAUUCGGCACCGAAAACUGUGAGAACCGAACUUAAUUCAGCACAUAUAUUAAUCUCGAACCACUUCCACUGCCACUCCACUCCGUCUUCUAUAUCACCACCCUGUUUUUCGUCCAAUCAAGAAAUUCCAAGGAGACGUUACGACUCGAACUGUUAUGGUCGAGAAGGAAGAGAUCAGGAGAAACGUACCUCGACGCAUACGCCGUUCUGACCUCGCCAUGGAAAACACUAGAUUGGCUUUGCUCUUACUCUUCAUCAUUUGCUUUAAUAUAUGCGCUCUGCAACCACUCCACUCCAAACGCACAAGUUUAAUUCGCGAUUCAGCCCCAAAAUAACAGAGGAUGAGGAGAAAGCAGCUGCAGCGGUCUGUAGCAACAGAGCAGCAGCAGAAAGGUUGUUAAGGAGCAGCGAAAGCGGCAGCACACACGGAGGCAGCAGCGAGGGUCACGAGCCGUCGUCGAGUAGCUCGGGCUCUGGAUCAGCAAUUCCAAUCCUUGGAGCUGCUGCGGCAGGCAAGGCGAGGAGCGGCAAUACUAACCACCGUCACGGCAGCAAUAGUACCGCGAGCAACAACGCCAGCGUGCUGCUAAUCUUGUUGAUCAUGGCCGGUGAGGUUCUUGCUUGUGUGCAAUUUUAAGCUUCAUCAGUUGCAGACAUGUAUGUAUGUUACAUAUAACUGUCUACUGUAAUUAAUGCUAUGAUGAGAAGUUUCAUGGUUCUAGGCUUCACUGUAGUUUUCUGUCUUAAUCCUGUUCAGUCUGCUGCUAAUUGAUGCUGAAUCACAGUCACUGGAACUCCUUCCUAGAUAGUUUUCAGACCUUCAGUCGUAGAUAUUUUGUCUACUAUCUGUUAACUUUGCUUUGUCCUCUGGACUAAGCCGAAUGAUUCUUUUACAAUAAUUUUUUUAGUUGACACGUAAAUAGACUAGGUCCGAGCUGAAGUUGAACAGGCGUGUAUAUCACGGGUUAGAUCCGUACGUGUGCCAUGUCUGACAUGGCAUAAACUGAUCCGUUUGCACUAGAGAUCGCAACAUCUUAUCGACUCGCCACGCCAGCAAAUGAUACUUCGGAAAUCUCCGUCUCCUCCAAAUGCUCACACAAAACACAGAAUUCCACACGUUUCCCCCCAACCCACCACAAAUCUGUGGUCAUUUUCGUCAAUCCAAUUUAUCUCUUUCUCAGAGAUUUGGUUCGUCUCCCCUGUCCUGGCUUCUCCAUGCAGCUGCGGAGCCUGGUGGCCACCGAAGAAGGCGAAGAGAGAGAGAUAGAUGGAGAUGCAGUUACCGGAUGACUUCCGGUGUCCAAUCUCCCUGGAGGUGAUGACGGACCCGGUGAUUUUAUCCUCCGGCCACACCUUCGACCGCGCUUCUAUCCAACGCUGGCUCGACGCCGGUAACCGCACCUGCCCGGUCACUAAAGUCCCCCUCCCUCCCUCCCCUUCUCUCAUCCCCAACUACGCCCUUCGCAGCCUCAUCUCCUCCUACCUCGCCCAUCGCCCUUCCGCCGUCGCCUCGUCCUCCUCUGAUGAAGAUCACCUCGACUCCUUCCUCCUCUCUCGAUUCUCCUUCCCCUCCGACGCCCCUACUCUCUCCGCCGUCCUCCGCCUCGCCCAGAGCGGGAGCGCCGCCUCUCGCCGCCUCGUCGCCGACUCCGGCGGGACCUCUGUCCUCAUCCGCCACGCGGACGCUCCCGACCGCCCCGACCUCCAGGACCUGGCCCUCCGCGCCCUCCUCCACAUCUCCCUCGACGGUGACGACGCGCGCCUCGGUCUCCUAGCCGAGGGCGCCCUCGACCCCAUCGUCUCCGCACUCCGCGGUGGCCCUGUCGCGGCCCUCGCUGCUACCUUCCUCACCAGCCUCGCCGUUGUUGACGUCAACAAAGCCACGAUCGGAGCCCACCCCGCCGCCAUUCCCAGCCUAGCGGCCCUACUCAGCGGCGGCGACGGCCGGCACCGGAGGGAGGCGGCCACGGCUCUCCAUGAACUGUGCAAGUUCGCCGAGAACCGGAGACGGGCUGUGCGGGCUGGUGUGGUGGCGCCGCUCAUCAGCUUCGCUAGUGAAGGGUCGGAAAGGGCCGUGCGUGUCUUAGGACUCCUCGCCAAGUGCCGAGAGGGGAAGGAGGAGAUGAGGAAGCGGAUAGGAUUCCUUAGGGCAUUGGCCGUCGUCGUUAAAACAGGGAACCCAAGGGGCGUGGAACACGCCCUCGUGGUGCUCAACUUGGUUUGUUCCGAUAGCAAAGAGAUGGCUUUGGAAGCCAUCGGAGAAGGGAUUUUGGACCUCUGUUCUGUUUUGGCCGGCGAUAUGAAUCAAAAGAUUGGGAAGAAUGCCAUGGAAUUAGCUCGUAGUCUCAGAAUUUUCUCCUCUCCCUGCAUAUCAGCAAACAUAGGUCAGUGAAGCUACUUGCUUGAUGGAUUUAUUUACUUGAAACCUCCUGUAAAAAGAAUAAAAAUCAGUUUGAUCCUUUCUUUUGUUUGCUAGAAAAAUCCUGUUUAUAUGAAAAAUGUCAGAACUUGUUAGGUUGAUCUAAGUUUCGCAAUGGAAAAAUAAUAUGAUAGUGGUGUUUCCCUCUA